AUGGAAAAUAUUAGAGUCUUGGUUAGAGUAAGACCAUAAAAUUAUAGAGAAACUCAUUUAGGUGCAAAUGUUUGUGUGUCUACAACAGCCAAUACCAUUACAUUGGAUAAUAAGAAAGAAUAUACUUAUGAUCAUGUAUUGGGUGCUGAUUCAACAUAAGAAUAAGUCUUUGAUAAAAUUGGUAAUUCUACACUUCAAUCAUUUCUUGAUGGUUUGAAUUGUUGUAUUUUUGCAUAUGGUUAAACAGGUGCUGGCAAAACUUAUACAAUGUAAGGAAAAGGUUAUGAUGAUAUUACAAAUGAUAGUGUACAUCUAGGAUUAUAACCACGUUUGAUAUAAUAAUUAUUUAAUGAAUUACCAAAAGAGAAUAAUUGGAUAAUCAAAUGUACUUACUUAGAAAUUUAUAAUGAAUAAUUGAUUGAUCUUUUAAAUGAUGCUAAACCUAUACCUUUAACAAUAAGAGAAGAUUCAAAAAGAGUUUAUGUUGAAAAUCUAACAGAAAUUGCAGCUGCAUCCUUUAGUGAUAUUUUAUCUUUGAUGUAAAGAGGAUUAGCCAAUAGACAUGUAUCUGCAACAUAAAUGAAUUUGGAGAGUUCUAGAAGUCAUUCAAUAUUCACAUUAUAAUUGGAAUAAAGAAAUAAAGGAAUGUAUACAAGGAAAAGUAAAAUGAAUUUUGUUGAUUUGGCAGGAAGUGAAAGAUAAAAAUUAACAGCAGCUACUGGAGAUAGAUUAAAAGAGGCAUCUAAUAUUAAUAAAUCUCUUACUGUUUUAGGUUUAGUAAUUAAUUCUUUAGCAGAAAAUCCAAAGAAAUUUAUUCCUUAUAGAGAUAGUAAAUUGACAUUCCUUUUAAGAGAAAGUUUAGGAGGAAAUUCUAAAACUGUUAUGAUAGCUACAAUAUCUGCUGCUAGUUCUUCAUUUUAAGAAACUCUAGGGACUUUGAAAUUUGCAUCAAGAGCAAAAAAUAUAAAAAAUUAAGCAAUUGUCAAUGAAGAAAUAGGUGGUAAUUUGGAAUCUUUGAAAGCAGAAAUAAAACGAUUGAAGAAUGAAUUGUAAUCAUCUAUAUAUCAAUCUGAAAUAAUGCCAAAGAAAUAAAAAGAAGUGGAAUUAAUUUCAUAAAUAACUAGUUUAAAUUAUCAAUUAAAUGAAAGUAAUUAAUAUUAGGAUCAUUUGACAUAAGAACUUAAAUAAAUGAAAGAGUAUUAUGAAUCAAGAAUAACUGAAAUGGAAGAUUACAGUACUAAAAAUUAAAAUUGUUCAUAAUUUGGUAUAUAAGAUAAAGACUUAUAAUUGGAAUAGUCAUUAGAAAUUUAAAAAGAUUUGAAAUAUAAAAAUGAAUUAUUAAAUUAAAGAAUUUUGGAACUUCAACAAGAAGAUGCAAUUUUAAAACAUAGAAGAAAUGAAUAAUAAUUGAUUAUCACAUAAUUAGAGUAGAAUUUAUAAUUACUAUAAAAUGAUAAGGAAAUGCUUAUAAAUUAAUUAAAGUAAUAAAGUUCUUUAAUCUAAUAAUAUGAAAAUUAAUUGGAAAUAUUUUAAGAAAAUAAAGCUUAAUAAUUACAAGAACUUGAAAAUAAGAUUUCAGAAUUAAAUGACUAAUUAUAAAUUAAUAAAGAUUAGAUGGAUACAGAUGCAUAAACUAUCGAAUUUUAAUGUGAAGAAAUUUAAAGAUUAUAAAAUGAAAUUGAAUUAAAUAAAACUCUAUUAGAAAGAUUAUAAUAGGAUUGUUUAAAUCUUUAGAGAUAAAUGUUAGAAAAGGAAAGUUUGAUAAAAGAUUAAUUGAAGGAACUUUUAAAAUUUAAGAGAAGAAGUGAACUUAAGUCAAAAAAGGUGUUAAAAUCAUUAAAGGUAUUAAAAAAAGAAAAGGAAAAUUUCACUUAGUUGGAAUAAAAAUAAAUGGAAUUCUUAUCUUAAUUAAAUACAACAAUGGAAUUAGAUGAAAAUUAAUUGACUUAUGAAUUAAUUUAAAGUGCCUUAUACUCAAAAUUAUAAAAUGUUAAGACACAAUUUGAUAAAUAAAUAUAAGAAUCUUAAUUAUUAAAUGAUUAGAAAGUAUAUUUCUAAGAUUUAUUUAAUUAAACUUAGAUUAAUUUGGAUGAAAUAAAGAGAUAAAAUGAAGUAUUAAAGAUUGAAUCACAAAAGAAUAAAGUAAAUAAGGAAGGAAUCUAGAAAUAUGAAUAAUUAAAAGAAGAGUUUCAAUAUUAAAAGGAUAAAUUAAGUAAAUUCUUAGAUAGUUUUGAUAUAAUCAAUUAAAAAUUAAUUAUGAAAGAAAACGAAGUAUUAAAAUUAAGAUCUGAAUUGAAAUUAGAGUAGACUCAACGUUCUAAGUCAUUGGAAGAGAUUGAUAAGUACUAUAUUUUCAUAUCAAAGAUUACGUACAGCCAAGAUAGAAUUAUCAACUUUAAAAAUAGAGUUAGAAUAAACAAUUUAAUAGUUAUAAUGUAAUAAUUAGAAUGAGACAGAUGAAAGUAAGCAAAAGAAGUUGUCAGAUAAUGUUCUUAUGUUAUAGAAGGCAAAUUAGAAGCUUAAUACUGAUUUAUCUAUUUUAUAAAGACAAUAUAAGUAACUACAUGUGGAGAAGGAUAUUAUGUAAAAGAAAUAUGAAGAAAAACUUAUGUAUUAGGUGGAUAUAAAUAAAUUAAGAAAAGAUAUAAAUAUCACAAAUCAAUUAAAAUAAUAAUUGGAUAAGAAGGAAAGAGAAUAUCAAUAACUAUUUGAUGAAACUAAAAUACUAGAGGACUUUUUUAAGAAUAUAAAUGUGAAGAGAUUUUGUAAUUAUCAAAUUCAAAAUGAAGGAACUAUAAGUGAGAAAGUAAAAUCAUAUUUUGAAUUUUUGGAUGUAUGAAUAUUAAAUCUUAAUAUUUAGCAAUGUGAGUAAGAAUUUGAAAAUAAAUAAUAUAAAUUAAAAACGAAUUUACAAUUGUUACAUAUUGAAUAAGCAAAUUGUAAUAUAGUUAAAGAAGAAAAUAGAAUGUUAAAAAUGCAAUUAAAAAUGUGA